AUGGUUUUGGUAGACGUAAUAAACAUUAUCAUCUUCAUCAUUAUACAUGCUUUACGUAUAGAUGCUGCAUCCAACCUUCUAAACGAAGUGUGCAGCAAAACACCAACUCCGAAUUUUUGUCUAUCAACUAUCGGUGCAGAACCCGGGGCCGCCACGGCGGAUCUCAAGGGGCUCGAUGACAUUGCUCUUCAUUUGUCCUUGAGAACCGCGGCGCAGAACAAUGCUUUGGUGCAGACAUUGCGUCAGAAUACGACGGAGCCGGUGUUGAGCGGCAACCUUGCACAUUGCAGUGUCAACUACGGCGGUGCAAUCUACGCGCUGCAGCAAUCCAUCGUAAACUUGGAAAAGGGUAACUUCAAGGCCGUCGGCGAGCUUGCCGGAAUAUGUGCGGAGAAUGUAAAAGAUUGUGAGCGUGUUCUAAAUGGAGGACCUAGCCAUCCCUUGAAAAAUGAGAACCAGAAACUCAUUCAGCUUGCUGGGAUUUGUGAUGUCAUUAUUGGCAUGCUUGUUUGA